AACACAAAACAAUUCUAAAGUUGCUACCUGUUAGAUGGAUGAAAUGGGUUUGUGUUGGUUUGCUGUCUUCACACUAGUACUCUGUACAACACUGGGAGAAAAACAAGACGAAAUCUUGAUAUCAAAAAUUGGAAAACUUCAUUUUCAACUCUUCAAGUCGAUCCAGAGAAAAGCCAAUUUGGUCAAGAGCGCGACAUUUGAGACUCGGUGUUCGAAUAAUGGGUGUUCUUUCGAUGAUUGCAGAGGAGGGAAACAAAAAGAUGAACACAAAUGUAGGGAUGGGUGGAAAAAGUUUAACGAACAUUGCUACAAACUCAUAACUACUAAACUAAACUUCUUCGAGGCGGAAAUGUUCUGUCGUACACAACAGUCAUCAUUGGUGAACAUUGAGAAUACCAAUGAGGAUGCCUGGAUUAAGGGAUUUAAGGAAAAACAUGUAUGGAUCUCUGGUACUGAUUUAGCUAAACAUGGUGAGUGGAAGUGGUUUUCUUCAGGGAGAACCAUGAAGUUUACAAACUGGGCGAGAGGUCAACCACAAAAGAAUCACGAACAUUGCGCUGUUUACUACAUCGGUGGCUGGCAUGACGCCUCUUGCUCUAUUAAGUCAUCUUUCAUUUGCAAAUAUUAGUCAUCGAAUGAUCUGUGUAAUGUAAUAAUACAUAAAAUAAAAGAAGAGACAUUUA